AUGGAGGCUAACGUUUCAGUACCAACAAUUGAGACAUCAUCGCAUCCGCCUCCACACGCUUUCAAAUUGUUUCUUGUAGAUAUAAGUGAUGAAUUAGUUCAAGCAUGGACUCAUGAACUCAAAAAACUUCCAGCUAAAGUAUCAACCAACGAUUCGGCUCAAUGCUUGAAAGUUCAAAUUCACAAUGAAACUUUUCAAACUUUGUUAAAAACUAACCAGGCAGAAUGUUUGGUCUCUCCUGCAAAUAGUUUUGGAUUAAUGGAUGGUGGUAUAGAUUAUUAUAUUUCAGAGUACUACGGUGGUACCGAUAAACUCAUUCCAGUUGUACAAAAGGCGAUAGAUUUUGAAUGGUGUGGUGAACAAAAUGUUGGUACUUGCUUAUUGAUUGACGUUCGAGAGCUAGCUACAAGUGAAAAAAGAUGUUUUCCAGAGUAUAUAGCUCAUUGCCCUACCAUGCGACUACCUAAACGUUUGGAUGAAGAUGAUAUUGUUUACAGAUGUACUUGGGCCAUGCUCACUGCCGUUAGAAAGCAUAAUGCUAAAAUACUUGAAGAAAACAGUAAACAUCAGCGUAUAAACGCUGUUGUAUGCGCAGGAUUUGGGACAGGUGUUGGGAAAUUUUCGGAAAAGAUAUGUGCCAAACAAAUGAUGUUGGCGAUUAAUCAUUUUGUUAAUGCACCUACAAAUACGGAGCAAAGGCCUACAACUGGAUCAUGGUUGAUAGAAUGGUCAUAUGCCAUUGAGAUUAAUAAAGCAAUCGAUAAUAAUUAG